ACAACAUACAGUGGUCUAUUGUGCUUCUCAUGGCCUGUUACAGGGAUAACUUUUUUUUUAUGAGGAAGAAUAGAAAGAUAUUAGUGAAGCCUUCAAAUUAAAAAUUAAUCAGAAUCCUCUUUGGUUUUAGUUCUAAGGUACAGGGGAUUUUGUGAGCAUUGACUAUUUUGGUGGUAAAGAUAUUUCCUUCUUUUGUGGAACCUCAGAUGUCAUUAUUGUUCACAGAAGUCCACCAUUGGACCCUAUCCUGAGUGCAGUCCUAGAACCAUUUUAAUAUUACCAUCCCAUGUGCACAUAGACCUGACUAAUGGCCGCUUUUCUUGAAGUUUUCUUAUCAAACAUUUUAUGUAUUUUUCACAUGCAGACUACUUUUUUCUGACCAUUUCAGUUUUUGUUAAAUUGGUAUACUGUAGAUCUCAUAAGAUUUACAACUUUUCUUUGAAGUAUGCUUGUUAUUAAAUCCAAUAAUUAUGAUUACAUAGUGUGGUACUUGAGCUGUGAUUAGUUUGCAACAGUAGGUUUGAUAAUUCGUAAUUUAUAAUUUAUUUACAUCCAUAAACUGUUACAUAAGUACAACUGGACAAGUCAGUUUAAGCCAUCUAAAACACUACAACUGAACAACUCUUAAACCCCAAACAAUACAAUAUUCUGCAGGAAUUAUGGUUUAAAAUAGGAGUUAGACAUAAAUACCCAUGUUCAUAUGCUUUCAGGAAAACUGCAAUAGAUACCCUGCCACCACUGACACACAACAAAAAAUGCACAAAGGCCGAUACCGAUCCACAUGGAAUGAGAGAGGAGUUUUCUUUCUGACAAGUCUUGGAUUCACAACAGGGUAUCUGUGUGUUCCCUGUGCUGUGUGAAAUGAAUGGAGGAGCAGCCUUCCUACUCUGCACUGUGAUACUGUAUCUUGUUUUGGGUAUUCCUGUUGUUCUGGUGGAGAGUGGCCUGGGGCAGGUGGGUAGACAGUCACCAGCAGUUCUGUUUCCAAAGUUGUGCCCUCUCUUAUCAGGUUUGGGUUUCUCCAUGUGCUGGAGUUCUAUAGUGUUCUCCAUUUCUGAAGCCUGUUUGCUGUCAUGGUCUGUGCUGUACAUCUACAACUCAGGAGACUGUGACCUUCCUUGGGCACAUUAUCACAAUUAUACUGGCAUGACCAGCUCAGCAAAAUACUUCACUGGUGAGAUCCUAGGUGUAUCUUCUGGGUUGGAAAUAUUUGGCAGCAUUCAAGGCAGUUUGGUAAUUGGACUAGCAAUUACAUGGGGUGCUGUAGCAGCUUGCCUUGCUGCAGGAAUACGACAUACUGGAAAGCUGUGCUAUGUGGCUACACCAAUAACUUUCCUUGUUGCUGGGAUCCUACUGGUUCGUGGCCUGCUCCUGUGGAGCAGGAAUGUGUCACAGGCUGUGUCACCGGACUGGAGUAGCCUAACAGAUCUCACUGUAUGGAUGGCGGCUGGCUGCUAUGUGUUCCACUCACUGAAUCUUGGUCUUGGAGGUUUAACAGCAAUCAGCAGCCAUAACAAGCAGAACACAAAUCUACUCAGGGAUGCAGUCCUGAUAUGCCUAUUCCACUUUGUAUGGGGUGUCAUGAUGUGGCUGGUAUAUGUGUGUCUCAUGGCUGACUACCGAGCCAGCAAUCAGUUUCCAAAGAAUAUCACUGGGGGACCUUGGAUUGUAUUUGUUGUGUUUGCAAGAGGACUAGCUGCUUUACCACAUGGAAUUGUAUUCUCAUUGGCAAUGUACAUCAUGGUAUUCUUUGUGGGUAUUGGUACACUGUUAGGAACAAUUUUGGUUAUAGUUUCAACAUUUCUUGACUUCUUCCCUGCACUUCAUGGUAGGAGAGGGCCAGUCACAAUUUCUGUCUGCAUUGUCCUGUUUCUGGUUGGGCUGCCACUUACUUCACAGGCUGGAUUCCACAUACAAUUGCUGCUUUCAUACUACUCUGUUAACUGGCCACUCAUCUUGUACUCACUGUGUAUGACCCUUGCUAUCAGCUACUCCUACGGACAGAAGCGGUAUAUUUCUGAACUAUGCUGCAUCAGCAAUAUCAAGCUACAAGAAACCACAAUGACUCAUUUGAUUGUGCUCUUCACAACAGGUGUUCCUGUGCUGCUGAUGGUCCUCUUGUUCUGCAGUUUCUACCAUACAAGCAGCCCUCCUGAUGGUCAAACCCCUUAUCCUAGUUGGGCAAAGGCUGUGGGGUGGCUGCUCUCUACAUCGCCAGCUGUGUUCUUACUUGCUGGCGCAGUUCUCAGGUUCUUGCAGUUCUGUCAGAAACAAAGUCUGAUCCAGAGUUUUAAACUGCUGUUGAAACCAGAUGAAAUCUUCGCUGAAACGUUAUCAUCAUCGCACCACUCCUCAAGCUGUGAAAAGACAACUAUGACCACACCGAUUAUUGCAGUGGAGAGCAAGGAUUUCUUCUUUGUUCCCUCAAUUAACACAAGCGAUGGCAAUAAUAACUUGAGUUUGUACAACAACAGGAGUCACAAGGCUGACCCUGAGCACAGUUCCUUUUGAUCUCUGAUGGAACAUCAGGAUGUUUCAUCCAUGUAUUUUCAGACUAGUUUUCCAGGUAUAAACUGUCUGGAAGAGAUUGUCCCCUCCCCAUUGAGUACUGCAAUUGAUCUCGAUCACUGUUGAUGGAUGGGAUUAUUGAAAUAUGUUUGGUAGUGAUGACCUUGAAUAUUUUAGUUGUGUGUCCAAAUAAUUCUCAGGUUGAGAAUUUGUAUCUGUGGUCUAUGUUUUCAUCAUCACUUCUUACCGCUUCAGUGCACUAACUGUGGAUCAUUCCAUAAAUACACAUAUUGCAGUUUCAUCUGAAUAUCACACACUGGGUCACCACACAAUGGAUCAUCUCAUACUUUCCAGUAUUUAUCUCCUUGCUUCAUGAUAUCAAAUCAAAAAGCUGUCUCAUAAGGCCCUACAGACAAGUCAUAACUUUUAUCUCUGUGGAGAGAAAUGUGAGAAUAUUUGACUGGAUAGCUCAGUCAGUAAAGUAACUGGCUACAGACUGGAUGGCUAGAAUUUGAUUCUGAGCAGAGGCCAGUUAUUUCUUUUCACUGUUACAUCGAGAUUGGUAUUCAGCCUCCAUUCAAUGUGCAAAGAACAGAACCUCAUUUUAUGAGGUUAAAGCGGGUGGAGCAUACAAGGUCUGACAAUAAAGUUUGCGAACUCAUGACUGUGUGCUUGCCAUGGCAGCAGCGGACAGAAACCUCAGUAUGAUUUGAUGACAUUCACAUAUCAGCGUUUCACAGCUGUGUUGUUGUUAAUCUAUGCCAGUCUCUUUGUGAGUGGCAUAUAUUAUUGUCUGAGUGCGUUUCGGUGUGCCGUCAUGAUAAUUUCAGGGCUUGAAUUAGAGCAACGAAUAAACAUUAAAUUUCUUGUUAAACUUGGCAAGAGUGAAAGCGAAAUCAGAGAGCUGUUAGUGCAAGUUUAUGGGGAUAAUUCUAUGAAGAAAACAACGGUUUACAAAUGGGUGACACGUUUUUCUGAGGGAAGAGAAAGUGUCACCGACAAAGAGAGUUCAAGAUGGCCAGCAAUGAGCAGAACUGAAGGAAACGUUGCAGAAGUUCGUAAAAUUAUGUGUAAAAAUUUUCGGCUGACUCUCAGGAGCAUAAGAGAGCAAGCAAACAAUGACAGAGAAACAGUCAGGAAAAUCUUAACUGAAGACCUUGACAUGAGAGAGGUGUGUGCAGGAAUGGUCCCGAAAGAGCUCACCAAAGAACACUGUCUGUGAGGGAGUUUUAGCUAGUAAACAACUGUGCUGGAACACCCUCUGUGUUCAUCAGAUCAAGCCUCCAGUGACUUUUUUCUGUUCUUCAACAUAAAGGAGAUAUUGAAAGGAAGGCAUUUUCAUGUCAUUGAUGACAUCAGGAGU